AUGAGGAAUUGUAUAGUAAAGGAGGAGGAGCAAAAUGUCUAAACUCCAGUUAGUACCUCUAAAACAGAGCCUUAUAACCUAAAUAAAAGAAAGGAUAAAGAAGAAAAUCAAUCCUUUUAAUAAGCUUAUUUAAAAGCUGUAAGUAAAUUCUUACAAGCUCUGCAUAUCCUCUAAUUGGCUUAACAUCGCUCUCAAAAUCUUGGCAUUCCAUCAUAUCCAUUCGUACUUUAGUAUUAAUACAAUGAGUUUUUGGUACACUUAGGUGGACAUAAAAUUGAUGUUGCCAAUACCCCUGACAGGAAUGAUUGCUAAGAAUAAUUACAUAUGUAACAGUUUGUGCCUAGAUUGAAUACUUAAUAAUGUGUGUCCAUUAAACUAGGUAUCCACAAACGAAAAGGAAUGUUAAAUCAAGAACAGAAGGACACAAAAAACAUUCCCAAGAACUAUUGUAAGGCUAUAAUCACUUUUGCUUCAAAAAAUCCAGCUCUUUGUCAUUAAAUACUGGGAGACUAGCUUAAGGUAGUCAAAUUUUUAGAAAGAAUCACAGUCUACAAGAGGAAGUUGAUGAAUAUUCGCACUUUCAGUGGAUUACUAUCUUAAUCUGAGGACCCUCAUGAGGAAGAAUUCAAUCAAACUUUUAGAAUAUUAAGUCGUAUUUUCGUAAAGAAGUACGCAAUUAAUUAUAUAUUUAAUUCAAAGAUAGUUUAGCAUAAUUGGCAUCUUCGAUAUCGUCAAUAGAUAUAUAAGGGUAUCAAAAAUCCUAAGAACUUCUCCCAUAUCAAGAAACUAUGAUACGUUAGAAAAUUUAAAUAUUAAUAUAAUAGAAGAUUAUUUUUUUUUA